UUCGGGGGUGGUUGGAUGAAUUUAUUUUCCCUUGAGAUGCUUCCAUUUCUCAAAAAAGAAAAACAAACUUUUCUAUCUUAGCUUAAUUAAGUCACCAUAUGCACAAUAAUGAAUGAUCUUUUUCUCUCUCUUUCUCUCUCUCGCGCCAAAUCUUGGCUUUAACUUUCCAACUUCUAUUUUCUUCUAAUCUUUUCCCUCCUUUUCUCUCUGCCCAUAUUUUCUCUUUAAUUUCCUUUCUUUUAAACUUCCUUACAAUACUUUUUCAGCACACCCUUGUCCUUUAACCUAAAUAUUUUCUUCCGUCAGUUCACACUAGUCCAAGACUCCAUUUCUCGUGUACUAAAAUACACCCAUUUUGCCCACUCUGUAUUACUAAAAAUCAAUGGAUUCUGUAAGACCAUCUCCAGCUCCAAGUAAGAGUAGGUUAGCAAAGACAUUUCAAAGAGUAAUCCAUAGAAAAAACUCAUCAAAAACUUUUUCCAACAAUGGGUUUUGCCUACUCAUACCUCAAGAAAAACUCAGAUGUUGUGAGCCACAACACUUUGACAAAGAAGAAAUUGAAGAAUGCAAAGAACAUACAAAAAACAAAGCUGUUAUGGAGGCUUUUGUUGCUAAGCUUUUUGCCACUGUUUCUUCUGUUAAAGCUGCUUAUGCUGAGCUUCAGUUAGCUCAGUUCCCUUACAAUAAUGAAGCUAUUCAAGUUGCAGAUCAAGCUGUGGUUGAUGAACUCAAAGCUUUAUCUGAGCUCAAACAUAGUUACAUCAAACACCAAAUUGAUUCUUCACCACCCCAUGUAACCCUAAUGCUUGCUGAGAUUCAAGAACAACAAUCCGUCAUGAAAACAUACGAAAUCACCAUGAAGAAAAUGCAAGGAGAAAUUGAAUCCAAAGGAUACAACAUAUGUACUCUCCAAAAUGAGCUACAAGAAACCAUACAAAACAACAGAUCACUUGAAAGAAAGCUCAAUGCUAGUGGAUCAUUCUCUAUUCUUGACAAUGUGAAGUUUUCAGAUGUAAAUCCUAAAGAUUUCAUCAUGGUUUUGCACUAUGCUAUGAGAUCUAUACGCAACAUUGUUAAGUUCUUGAUUAAGGAAAUGGAGUCUGCUAACUGGGAUAUUGAUGCUGCUACAAACUCUAUACAAAAUGGUGUUACUUUCCAGAAAAGUGAUCACAGAGCUUUUGCAUUUGAAUCUUUUGUUUGCAGAGAGAUAUUCAGUGGGUUUAACGAGCCAACAUUCAAUGUUCAAAAUGAUGAUUCUUUAUUUUCCGGCGUAUCAAGUCGCCGGAAUUUCUUCUAUGAACAGUUCAAGAAGUUGAAAUCCGUGAGUGUAACUCAUUUUCUCAAACAAAACCCUUCUUCUCUGUUUGGGAAAUUCUUGAAGGCUAAAUACCUUCAUUUAGUUCAUCCAAAAAUGGAGUUUUCCUUUUCUGGAAACUUAAAUCAAAGGAAACUUGUGAACUCAGGUGAGUUCCCGGAAACAGAGUUUUUCAAGGUUUUUAGUGAGAUGGGUAGGCGCGUGUGGCUUUUGCAUUGCUUAGCAUACUCUUUUGAUCAACAAGUUAGCAUUUUUCAAGUGAAAAAAAACUGUAGAUUUUCAGAAGUCUACAUGGAAAGUGUCACAGAUGAGAUUUUCUCCACUGCCGGCGGUGAGUUCAAGGUGGCGUUCACGGUGGUUCCAGGGUUUAAAGUUGGUAAAACGGUGGUUCAAAGUCAGGUAUAUUUAUCUCCGGUAAAUCCUCCGGCCAAGCACUAGUAGUAAAUAUUAGAGGAAAAAGUAAGUAAAAUCAUAUCCCCGCGCGCUCUCACGCGCCGCCACAGUAUGUAAAUGGUUGGAUCAGCUAUCAACAUUCUUCGAAUAAAUGAGUUGAUGGUUACGACUACACCUGAAAUAUCAUUUUUUCUCGUGAAUUUCCUGCAUGAACAAUCAGGUGUGAAUUUUCUAUCUAAACUAACACCAACUAUUUAUCGAUCGUUCAUUUUUUCUAUCUGAACUAUCACAAUCGUUUAGGCAGGAUUAGUCGGUGGUAGUUUAGAUAAAAAACUCACGCACCUAAUAGUUCACGUAAAAAAUUCACUAAAAAAGUUACAGUUUAAUGACAGCACUAGGUUACUACCCACGACGGAGGCGCGUGAGGUGGCACGUGGGUUGGAGCGAGUGGGAACGUUAAAGGUCUGGAUUAUCUUGUGGAAAGUGACGGGUCGGGGGGUCCAAAGCAUAAGUGGGCUUUUGGGCCCACAUAGUGAAAGGGGCUUAUUGUGAACUGUAAUUUUGGAGUAUAGUGACAGAAAGAUUGGGCGGUGAGACGAAAGGCAAAAGGAGGCUCACUCAGGUUGUGGGCCAAUCUUUGUUUCUUUGGUAUCAAAAGUUGAAGAGCAUGUGGGACCCUUGCUCUUUCUUAAGAGAUGUGCUUAGAAAAUUUCUAGUACUUAAUGUUGUUUAUUCUCAAAUUGUACGUUAAAGAAUGACAGACGUAUGCCUGCAACUUGCAUAUGAGAGACUAUAAUGUGUAUAAAAUAUUAGGUUAAGUAUUAUAAUACAUAAUAAAUAUAUAAAAUGAAUAUUAUGCA